CACCACAGCCUAUCCGACGCUGUGGGAGGUGGAGGGCGGGCAGGAUGAAAAACAGGGCAGGCUCAAUCGAAGGGAACCCGGAAGUGGUGCUGGCUCAGGUUUGUUCUCCGAGUCUCCGGACUGGGGCUGAGGCGUGGUCCCCUGCUCUCUGGGCCAGGAUCCUGGACUGGACUAAUGAGCCAGGGUCGAGACCACCGAUGGACGCGAACCCCGCUGACAGUACGGGCCCCGUGCACGUGCCUUUUGGGCACGUUGUGGCCAAUGAGAAAUGGCAUGGGUCGCAGCUGGCGCGAGAGAUGCAAGGAAAAAUUAAACUCGUUUUUGAAGAUGGCCUGACAGGGGUAGAUUUUUACCUGUCCAGCAGAUCUUGCAUUCUCUAUAUCACCGAAGCUGAUUUAGUGGCAGGAAACGGCUACAGAAAGAGACUUGUUCGGGUUAGAAAUUCUAGUCACCUUCAAGGGAUUGUAGUAGUUGAAAAAACACAGAUGAGUGAACAAUACUUCCCAGCCAUACAGAAGUUUACCGUGCUGGACCUCGGGAUGGUGUUGCUUCCAGUGGCCAACCAGACUGAAGCAUCCUGCCUCAUUGUCCAGUUGGUUCAAGAGCAAACCAGAGAGCCCAGUAAGAACCCUUUCCUCAGGAAGAAAAGAGCUGUGCUCUCUGAGCCAUUUCUUCUUCGAACUGUGCAGCAGAUCCCAGGAGUUGGGAAAGUUAAAGCUUCUCUUCUACUCCAGAAGUUUCCAAGUAUCCAGCAACUGAGUAACGCUUCCAUCCAAGAACUCGAGCCGGUUGUUGGACAGGCAGUAGCACAGCAAAUCCAUGCCUUCUUCACCCAGUCCAAGUGACUGCUGGCCUCACGUCUGUAACAUUUUCUCUUUUCAAUCACGAACUGUAAGAUCUGUUCUUCAUAUUUAAAAAAGAAGAAAAAAUUUCCUUUCACAGCAUCUUGUGAAACCCAAGGAGAGGCCCAAUGGAGACUGAACGGUACUGCUUUGCUCUCUAGGUUUGGGCAUUUAAGUUCGUGGCCGAAGGCGACACUGCCCUCAUUCUGCCACGAUGAAAAGGCCCAUGGCCUCAUAGCCUUUGCUGAGACUGUCAUUCUGAGCAAACAUCCAGUUAAGGCAGGUUUUGGGAGUGACCUUGACCUGCGUCUGCCAUGGGAAGGUCUUGUAAAGUUCAGGUGCCGGACGCAGCCAUCUACAGGAAAUAACCUACAGUGAAGCACUGUGUACGCUAAGGCCCUCGUUCCUGGUGGCAGAGCUGUUGCUCUUCAGGUCUGGUCUGCAUAUGCUGUGCUCUGAGGGCUGCUGCCAAGGUAAAUAAGCAAAUGUAUAACAGUCCCUUCCUUUGUGCCUUCACUCCUGCCUUCCUGUUUUUUUGGAGGGAAGUGACAGCCACACAGUCUGCUUAUAACUACAGGGUGUGUCUUCUGAACACAGAAAGCCUAGGAUCUGAAAUUCCCCGUAUAAAGAUGAAAUGUGUGGGACAAAGAA